AUGGUGGUGGUUGUAGUUUGGGUUGAAGACGGUGGAUUAACCAUCAACAAUGCCGCCCAGAGUAAGAGGCAAAGGAAAAGGUCCAAUGCGAGGUGGACCAUCAGGACACGCAGGACCAUCCCAUCGGCGCACCCGGCUGCGUCGUUUUCUAGCUCAAACUCUCAUGACCAGUGGGGUCAUUCCUUCGAACCAGCGAGACACUCUGUCUCGUUGAGCUGGUCACCUUCUUUUCAUCCAUCAUUCGGGCUGCCUGUUCCAGACGAGCCCCAACAUUCGCAACACUCCCACAAUUUGCAUCAUUCGUAUGAGUCUCACCAAUCCUAUCAUUCCUUGCAUUCUCAUUCGUUUCAUCAUUCGGAUUCUACCUACUCUCCAGCCCAAUUCAAUCCCAAUGACUAUGUCAAUGACUUUUUGGGAUACAACCCUUUGGGACCCGAGGAUCACUUUCCUCAUGAAAUGGAGACGGAUGACGACCCGGACCCAGAAAUGAAAACCGGAACACCGGGCCACCCUAUCAGUAUUUCGAGCGGUUCUCCAUAUCAAGGAUCGCCGUACCAAGGGCCCGGUCCAUUUAAAGAAUCGUGGUCAAAGUAUGAAUGGGAAUUCACCCCUUCAUAUCAUAACUCUCCUGCUCAACCUCCUUUGCUUGAACCUCAGCUUCAACCAGUUUCUCCUCCACCUCUUCCUGUUGAGGAGCCGCCUCAACAGCCUCCUCAUCCACCUCCCGAGCCGCCAAGGCGGAGGAGGAAUGCUCGAAUGUCUGUGCGUGGGGGACCACGGUUCGCAUCCCCUCAUGGUUCAAGUUCUUACCCUCCUAUUCCCGAGGACCCCCAAAUGGGUCGACCCUCGAACGCCAUGCAGGAAGACAAUCCUCCGCCAGUUUCAAAUGCACCACCGCCACCAAUGGGUUUCGACAACCCAAUCCCGACUUACCCAGGUUCUUCUGUGUACAACCCUUUCGAAAACCCAUCUGGAUACCCAUCGAAUUAUGGAAACCAUGAUCCAUACCUUUCAGCUGCACAAUACAAUGCACUUUAUCCCUCUUCUUACCCUCCAGUUUAUCCAACUGGAUAUCCGGUGCAGGGUUACCAAUACCCACCUUACCAGCAACCUCCUCCUCCCUAA